AUGACUGAAAAUCCUCUACUGAAUGGUCCCUCCUCAAUCCACAGGGAGAAUGAGAGCAACUCAAUUAUUUGCCCAGAGCUAGAAGACUGGUGGAAAAUUGUGUACUCUAUACUACCCAUAUACAUGGACAUCAUCUGUGUUAUUGGUAUGUUUGGAAAUGUACUUGUUCUCCUCAUAUAUUUGUUGUACAAGGGCUCUCUAAAGAUAGCUGAAAUCUACCUGAUUAACUUAGCUGUUGCUGACCUUGUCUUCCUCAUGUGCCUCCCCUUCUGGGCAGCGAACAUCAGGAAUAAAUUUGACUGGCCGUUUGGCAAUUUCCUUUGUCGAAGCACCAAUGCAGCCAUCAGCCUGAACAUGUACACCAGCAUCUACUUGCUCGUGGCAGUGAGCUUGGAUCGCUACCUGACUUUUGUUCAUACCUUGAGCAACAGAGGGAUACGAAGCAAAACACUAGCUAAAGGUAUCUGCUUGCUCACCUGGGUCUUUGGAAUACUUGUCUGCAUCCCAACCUUUGCAUUCCGGACUGUGAAACACUAUCCCCAGUGGAAUAUCUCGGCAUGCACUUUAGACUUCCCCACUCCCUCCUGGAUAACAGCUGAGCGUCUGGUGUUCAACAUACUGGGAUUUGCACUGCCAGCUACGGCAAUCACCUUCCUUAAUUUUUGUAUCAUUCACUCCCUAAGAGAAAACACAAGAGAACAAGGAGCGCUCAGAACGAGGAGCUGCAAGGACCACAGAGACACCAGGGCUACCAGGCUGAUCAUCAUAGUGGUUCUCAUGUUUCUUUUGUGCUGGACUCCUUACCAUCUUUUUACAUUCCUUGAUAUAUUAUUCCAGAUGGAAGUGAUCAAAGGCUGUGUCUGGGAAGAACUGCUCAACUUUGGCCAGCAAUUUACUUCUGCCCUGGCUAUCACCAACAGCUGCAUUAACCCCGUGAUUUAUGUCUUUGUUGGGAAAUAUUUCAGGCAAAAAGCUUUGCAAGUUUUUUCACAAUUUAUUCCCUUAAAUGCUCCAGGCAGAACAGCCCAGCCUCCACUACAAGACAUUGGUCCUUCAAGAAUUGCAAGAAAUACUGGGCCUCUGAAUGAAACCUGUUGCCAGCUUUGUUUAACUCUUAUCUGCUGGGUGGAUACCAGCUUCCUGGAGCAUCAUGCACAACCAGCCACGUUUGGCACACAACAGCCCACAGCAGGAGAGACGCUGCAGAGCACUGGGAACCAGGAGUCACCUGUACAAGACAAAUGGCACAGACUGGCCAAGACAUCUCAUCUGCCUUUUAGCAAACAUGAGAAAGAGCUUUCAGGACACCCAGAAUAA